ACCUGCUAGCAAUUUCUGGACUGCAUCAGACCGCUUGGGCCGCAUAUUACCGGCUGGUUAUCAACCUAAGGUCCUUACAACGUUACAAAAAAUGGCCAAGUAUCUCAUCUUCGUCGUAACUAUAUUUCACAUCGUUGUAUCAGCUGUCCAAGCGCAAGCGGCCCAAAGUGGAUGCAACUGUGCAGUCUUUCCGAUGAACAGUCAAACGCCAAUAAUCGAGCAAUCGCUGCAGUACAACGUGAGCUGUGACGAGGAGGGGGCUGAGAUCUGUUCCCAACUCUGCGUGGCUCUGGCUCAAGGUGCAAAGGACAAGGCACCGGCAAUGAUUUGCGAGAAGUUUGGCGCUCUUGUGAGCAGCCUGACACCUGCCGUCUUCGCGAGAUCCUGCGGCAGCAAAGACGAGUGGAAGUUCACCGGGCUAAAGAGCCCGGAACCGAUUUGCUGUCUUGACGCGAAGGAGACAGCGUGUGAGGACUCGAAUACUUCAGCCUAGUGUCGAAUCUAUCGUAUCGUGUAAUGCCCACGUUUGUAGUAGCUUGGAGCGCAUCUGCCCGUUACACAUGUAUCAUUAAAACAAAAAUAAACUUUAUUAAUGCACAUUACACAUGUACAUGUCUUUGCACGAUAAUAUUUAUAAGAGACGAUGAAAAUAUUUACAUAGACAGAUAGAAUCGAUAUUAUGUGUGUGUGUGUAUAUAUAUAUUAAAGCGGUUCAUAAAAGAAAGAUUUUUUUCAGUGCGGAUUCGUCAUAAAACUGUUGUUUAUGAUGGAAAAAAAAUCUCCUGAAAAUUUGACUUCGAUCGGAUAAGAUUUCGAUGUCCAGCUUUCGAGUUUUCAUUUUUACAGCGUAUUAAGUAAAACAUGAAAAAAAUGCUUAAUUUAAUUCACCGUCCAUUUCGGGUGAAAAUAUAGACAAAUAUGAAAAAUAUCAAGAGACAUUUGUAGUCAAUAA